AUUAAUACCCAUAAUUCUAAUUCAUACUCCUGUUUCUUAUCUACAAUUACUACACUAUUACCUGUGAAGUGAUCAAGAUUUUCAUUUCAAUCAAAUUGCAGUAAUAUUACAAGUGGGGCUUAAUCCCCAUUCAUCUGCACGCGGGUUGGUGCGGGCGGGUGAAAAUGCCAAUGGCGGCCGUGGCAUCGUCAUCGCCGAUUGGCUUCAGCCGAGUUUCUGGGCUUCCAAUUUCUUCAUCUUCUGAAAUAAGUGGGCAGACCAAAUUACAUUGUAAUCCCACCAUUACUUUCUCCAAAUCGGAGCUUUUUGGUGGUGCUGUGAGCGUGAAUCUUGGAAACAACAGUGGCAGACGCAGAUUGCCUGCUGCCCAUGUGGUUUCUCCGAAAGCUGUUUCUGAUUCAAACUCUUCUCAGACUUGUCUGGAUCCUGAUGCCAGCACUAGUGUUCUGGGUAUCAUUCUAGGAGGUGGAGCUGGCACGCGGCUAUAUCCACUUACCAAGAAAAGAGCAAAACCUGCUGUCCCUUUGGGUGCAAAUUAUCGGUUAAUUGACAUCCCUGUUAGUAAUUGUUUGAACAGCAACAUAUCCAAGAUCUAUGUACUUACUCAAUUCAACUCUGCCUCUCUUAAUCGUCACUUAUCACGGGCCUAUGCAAGUAAUAUGGGUGGCUAUAAGAAUGAAGGGUUUGUUGAAGUUCUUGCUGCCCAGCAAAGCCCAGAAAAUCCAAACUGGUUCCAGGGUACAGCUGACGCUGUGAGGCAGUACCUAUGGCUUUUUGAAGAACAUGAUGUUCUUGAAUUUCUGGUUCUUGCCGGAGAUCAUUUAUAUCGGAUGGAUUAUGAGAAAUUCAUCCAAGCACACAGAGAAACUGAUGCUGAUAUAACAGUUGCGGCACUGCCAAUGGAUGAAAAACGUGCUACUGCAUUUGGUCUAAUGAAGAUUGAUGAGGAAGGAAGGAUAAUAGAAUUUGCGGAGAAGCCAAAGGGAGAACAACUGAAGGCAAUGAGGGUUGAUACCACAAUUUUAGGUCUUGAUGAUGAGAGAGCAAAGGAAAUGCCUUAUAUUGCAAGUAUGGGUAUUUAUGUUUUCAGUAAGGAAGCGAUGCUGAAUUUAUUACGAGAAAAAUUCCCAGGAGCAAAUGAUUUUGGAAGUGAAGUUAUUCCUGGUGCCACUUCCAUUGGUAUGAGGGUUCAGGCCUAUCUGUACGAUGGUUACUGGGAAGACAUCGGGACCAUUGAAGCAUUCUACAAUGCCAAUUUAGGGAUUACCAAGAAGCCCGUGCCAGAUUUCAGUUUCUAUGACCGAUCCUCUCCAAUCUAUACACAACCGCGUUACUUGCCACCAUCCAAAAUGCUCAAUGCCGAUGUUACCGACAGUGUUAUUGGUGAGGGUUGUGUCAUAAAGAACUGUAAGAUUCACCAUUCUGUAAUUGGUCUCCGAUCAUGCAUCUCGGAGGGUGCAAUCAUUGAAGACACCCUGUUGAUGGGAGCAGACUAUUAUGAGACUGAUGCAGACAGAAAACUCCUAGCAGCGAGAGGUGGCGUUCCAAUUGGUAUUGGCAAGAAUUCCCACAUCAAGCGGGCAAUAAUCGACAAAAAUGCUCGUGUUGGAGAAGACGUGAGGAUCAUCAACAGUGAUAAUGUGCAAGAAGCAGCAAGAGAGACGGAAGGUUACUUCAUCAAGAGUGGCAUUGUCACUGUAAUCAAGGAUGCCUUGAUUCCCAGUGGAACAAUUAUUUGAAGAUGAUGCUGCCCGAGAAGCUCUUGCACGAAGCUGAUCCCUAAACCUCCUCUGCAUCAUCAACUAGAGAAAAAGACGACUUCUCUCCGACCAGGGUGGAUAUCAUCCAAUAAAAUGCACCUAGAUUACGAUGCGGGCAAGAUAUACAAUUAGCAUAUCUUUUAUCAUGAGAGUAUGAGUUGUCUUACAAUGUAAAUGUCAUGAGGUUUUGAUAUUACUUUGAAUAAUCAUUCUAAUUUUAUAUAUAUAGCAUAAUUAGAAAUCA